CGGGGAGAACAUGCAAACUCCACACAGGUGGGACCGGUAUUUGAACCCUGGUCCUCAGAAUUGUGAGGCAGACGCUCUAACCAGUCUUCUCCAUUGGCUCCUCUCCAAUACCUAAUACGUUUUCCGGAGAAGAAGUAACAACUGGCUCUCUCCUUCACAUAACUUCUGCUUUUCAGGGUUCUAAGAGGGGAGGUAGGAGAUGUCAGUUCAAAGAAAAAAAAAUACUCAACUUUGUGACGCCAGCCUCACAACUUCAGGCCCAUAACAAAUUGUGGGGGCUCGUCCGGGAUCUCUCUUCACCAUGAGCAUCGGAGCAGCAGAUAGCAGAGAUAACCAGAAUCACAUAACUGAAGCGACGAGACAGAAGGAAAUCAGAGGGUGUCCAGGAAGGGAGGUUGAGGCAUAAAAGGGGCUUCACUUCACUGGGAGCCACUCUCCUGAUCCAGUGGUCAAGGCACGCGAUCACCACAGGCUGGGAACUCGCAACCUGGGGUCUUCAGACACCCAGCCCAGAGGUUACCCAUUGACAUACGCAUCAUCAAUAACAUUGUGGAAUCAUUGAGGUGAGGACAGAACUACACCAUGUCAACAGCACGAAGAGAGUUAGUGUGGAGCAUCAAGCAGCUACUAUUUAGACUCUCAAGUUAGUUACCUUUCUCACUUGGCAAAAGACAUUUCAAUUAACUCUCCACAUGAUGGGGACUUAAACUUGAAUGAUGAGGAAAGUUGUAUUGAAUAUGUGCUCUCUUUGAGUGUGAAACCAUGGUAAAAGUUGAAGACAAAGGGGCGAGUCAAUUAUUGGUUUUAAAAGAUUGGAUUGGUAAACUAAUUAAUGGUGGUGUCUCAGUAAUAUUUCAUUGGUGCGCCUAUGGGAGAAUGCAUGUCAUAUAAAACUCAUCACAGUUCAGAUAUGCUUCUAAAUGCUGAGUCACAACCUCAUCCUCACCGUGAACACACCGACACGCAGUCACAACACAAUCUCAAUACAGGUUAAUUUGCUACAGGGCAGAUGGUAGAAGAGGUGAGACAGUUAUGUAACAAGCUGAGUGACAAGUUACGGCAGUGUACACCCACAGCAAUUCUGUCAACUGUCACUGAUCUGCACCAAAGUGAAGCAAGGCAACAGCACACAUCACAAGAGGCAACCAGAGGGGUCAGUAUACCAAAGAGACCUUUCCUACCUACAACGCAGAAAUUUUAAAGUGCACGGUGGACAGAUUGUGGACCAGAACUCAGAUUUAAGUUAGAACAACAUCAGUAGACAAAUGGACGAGGGAGUUAAAGUAGGGUUUGCAGAGGUGGUCAGAGGUGUGCUAAGGAUCAUCAAACUGGGGGCCUUUAGAGACAUCCUUGUGAACAAGGACGAACUGACGGUUCUUGAACUCAAAGGUUUCCUCAGAUCCCACCUAGGGGAGAAAGCAACGACAGAGAUGUUCCAGGAAUUGAUGUGCCCCAAGCAAGCAGAUCAAGCCUCAGUAGUUCCUGUACCGUAUAAUGGGGCUAAAACAGAAGCUUAUCCUUCAGUCCCAACAGGCUAGUGUAGACAUCUCCUACAAUCCUAAGACCAUCCAAGAAACCUUUCUCCACACAAUUUAUCAGGGAUUAGGGACAAAGCAUACUGACGUUCGACAAAGGUUAAGACAUCUCACCUCGAACAGCCAAGUCACUGAUGAAGAAAUACUCCGUCACAUGACAAUGAUAAAUGAAGAGAAUGAAUACCAACGCCGAGUUGGACAAAAUUUGCGCCAAAAGACAACUCAAGUACACAGUGCUAAUGUUGAUACGGGGGGCAGUUACCACACUGACAGUUCAAGGGAUACAAAAGCCGAUAACAAAGCCCUUCCAACAAUUCAGUAACUCAGCGCACAAGUACAGACUCUGACACACAUGAUGGCAUCAUUAGUUGAUCAACAGGCGAAAAACUCAUCACUGUCUCAUCCUCCAUUUACUUAAGGUCACAAUCAACCAAACUCUAUCCAUCCAGCGACUUCAGGUCACAGUCAACCAAAGCCUAUCGGUCAACAACGACCCAACAAGUUCCUCCAACCACAGUUGUGACUACCCCCUACCCAAGUGAGAGUUAGGACAUAUCAUUGUACAGAAUGCAGUGACCAGGACAUUCCUGGAUGCAGGCAUUGUUUUGUGUGUGGAGAAGCUGGGCAUAGAGCAGUGGGAUUCUUGAGAAGGAGCAAGAUGUACACCCACGGACUAAGACGAAUAAAAUUUUGUGUAAAGCACCUUUAGUUGUAAAGAAGACUCUACUGUUGUUUGAUUGGUGGUUACUCAGAAACUGCGUUGCUUGAUUCAGGGUCACAAGUGACUAUCAUUGACCAGCGAUGGGCUGAGACUUACAUCCCCAACCACACAGUGAGGGCCCUUUCUGAGCUUGUCGAAGGAGAACUGGGCAUCUUCGUAGUCAUUGGCCAUGAAAUCCCAUAUAGUGCGUGGGUCGAUCUGACCAUCAAUUUGGCUGGAAAUGAGGAUCCUAAUCUCACCAUACAGAGACACCUUUCCAAGUCAGUCAAGCACCGUGGCCUCAGCCCCUGGUUAUGUGCCAAUGUGCGUAACACGCGCCCCUGAUCAGCUUUCUCCACCACGUUUUCGUCCUUUUCCAGCGGAUACACCAAUGUGCGAUCAUUUGUUGCAGAUAAUCGAAAAAUGAAAAUGUUUCCUUCAUAAUGGAUUUAAGAUUCGUAUUCAGCAUAAAAACUGUAUAAUAUUAGCAAAAAGGUGCAUUGCGGUUCUUCCAUUCCCUUUAGUGAUACCUUGUCAGACUACUACAGACUUCACAGACAACUUUGCGUCCAAAACAGUCCGGAUGGUUCUUUUCCUCUUUGGCUCAGAGGACACGACACCCACAAUUUCCUGAAAUAAUUUAAAAUGUAGACUUGACGUACUACAGAACACUUUACCACUUUACAUCGGUCCAUCUUAGAUGAGAUCACGCUCAAAGAACCCGGCGACAUUUCAGGGAUGAACAACUAUUGCUUUGCACCAUACAAUUUGAAGUUACAUUAAGUGACCCUUGUGAGGAUAAGCGGCUUGAAAAAUUGACUUACAGAUGUAGUGGCGAACUGUAUUAACUGUAUUUAUUUGGUUUUCUGAAGUGUUCCUGAGCCCAUGUGUUGAUAUCCUUUACAUAUUGAUGUCAUAUUUUGAUGCGGUGCCGCCUGAAGGAUCAAAGGUCACAGGCAUUCAAUGUUGGUUUUCAGCCUUGCCGCUUGCAUGCAGUGAUUCCCUGAACCUUUUGAGGAGAUGGACCGUUGACGUUGAAAUCCCCAAUUUCCUUGCAAUUGUAUAUUGAGGAACAUUGUCCUUAAAUUGUUUUGAUAUUUUCUCAGGCACUUGUUCACAAAGAUGUGAACCCAUCUGUCUUUUUGCACAAUCUUCGUUAGUUUUCGGCACUUCUUCUGGGCGGGCGGACAAGAGAUCUCAACUGGGAACCAAAAUGUUUUCAUUGAAACGAUUCUGGGAGAACUGGAACAUCUGUCCUGGUUCCACUCGGUUGUCGAUGCCCAACCCUAACACUACAGCCGUUUGAGCAUUCUUUUUUAUAUUGUAGUUUACAAAUGCAAUGAUCUGAUUAAACUUUUAUUGAUACUGUAUUUGAUUUUCAACAACUGUUAACAUUUUGGUAUUGGAUUCAUGAGUGAAUUAAAAACUGGUUUCAUCUACAAUCAUGUGGACUGAAUAGUUGAUGCAGUGAACUAAACAAAUCGGUGGAACUCCCGUUGGCUCCAAAGUUCAAAGACACAAAACCAACAAAGCUGAGCCGUAUUUGGGUAGUUUACACAUGAAAGUGUUUAUGGGUUUCAAGUCCAGUUUUGACCUUUGUUCAGAUCAGAAUAAAAAUGGCGACAACAAGCAGACACUCUGAGACACUCUUCUUCCUCGGGCUUCUUGUGGCUUGUAUCCCAUCAUGCAUUGGGAUUCCUGAAGGCAACAUCAGAGUGACAAGGUUCCCAAAAGCAAUGAGGAAAAAGGUAUUGCCGAAAGUGUUGCUGGCCAGCUGCCACGACCGAGCAUGUCAAAAUACUGUUGAAACAGGCAUGUUUUUGGGGAGAUCUGACGCAAGCGUUUUCCUUCAUCGAACUCGUCGAGCCAACUUCUUCUUGGAAGAGCUGAAACAAGGCAACCUGGAGCGGGAAUGCCUUGAGGAGAAAUGUUCCUAUGAGGAGGCCAAGGAGAUCUUCGCUCUGCCGCAGCAGCUGGAGGUCUUCUGGAGAAUGUACACAGCCGAGGAUCACUGCCACUCGUCUCCCUGUAAGAACGGCGGCACUUGCACUCGUAAGAUCAAUACUUUUGUCUGUCAGUGUCCAGUUGGAUUCCAUGGAUCCACCUGUGACAAAGUGCGCUUGACCAGCAAUGGAUGUCGCUACAGGAAUGGAGGUUGUGAACAUUUCUGCAGAGAGUUUCCCGACCGGACAUAUACUUGUUUCUGUGCUCCCGGAUAUCGUUUGGAUCAGGACAACAGUACCUGUAGUCCACAAGACCCUGUACCCUGUGGACGACCAAUGGUCUAUUUUGCCCCAAGAGUUGUCAACGGAGAGAUCUGUCCCAAAGGACAUUGUCCCUGGCAGGCUCUCCUCACUGAGAACCACCAACAUACCUGUGGCGGCAUUGUCCUGUCUGAUCAAUGGAUUCUGACUGCAGCUCACUGCGUGUUGAAGAAACCAUGCAACAUCUUCCAUGUUGUCGUGGGUGAACAUGACCUCGAGGAAGAUGAGAGGACUGAGCAGAAGCGCCGCGUGUCUAAAGUCCUGAUCCACCGUGGUUACAACCAGUCAAGCCACGACAGUGACCUGGCCAUGCUGAAGCUUCACCGUCCCAUCAAACUAGGACGCUACGUCGUCCCUAUUUGUCUUCCAGCUAAGAACAGCUCAUUCAGCCGCACCCUGGCAGCCAUUCGACAAAACGUUGUGUCGGGGUGGGGUCGCCUGUCACUGCGUGGAUCCACUGCCAGAUUGCUCCAGCGCCUGACGCUACCGCGAGUCCCGCUGCAAGAGUGUCGCCUGCAUACCAAACUCAAUAUCACCCGAAACAUGCUAUGUGCCGGGUUACAAAAGGGCGGCCAGGACGCAUGCAAAGGUGACAGCGGUGGACCACUGGUGACCCGCUACAAGAAAACCUGGUUUCUGACUGGUGUUGUGAGCUGGGGGAACGGCUGCGCUGACAACAACAUGUAUGGAAUUUACACCAAAGUCAGCAACUACCUGGACUGGAUCCAGCAUCAAAUGUCCAGAUGGUGAAAGCAAAAAGACCUUGGGAUUUGCCAAAUGACAGCUUCAUUAUAUAUUAUUCGUUGGUUUUCCCUGUUGACUUCAUUUCAUCAUUGUUAAUAAACAUGUUUUUUUCCCUGCUGGUAAUCAUACAUCCAUUAUCUGAGCUGGUUAUCCUUACAAGGGUCGCGGGAGUGCUGGAGCCAAUCCCAGCUGUCAUCGGUCAGGAGGCAGGGCACACCCUGAACUGGUUGCCACCCAAUCGCAGGGCAAAGUUGAGAAGUCAAAAUCUUCAAUGGUAAGGGAGAGGGAUAGUGCCCAUGGCAUGGGCAACGAAUACAUCUGUGGAGGUUAUAGGUAGAGGGCGACAUAUGUUGCAAGGUCUUUUUUUUCCCCCGAUAUGUCCUUGUUUAUUUCAGUGAGACUGUCAACCCACAUUCUGCAUGGGUUACAGCAGCGUGACUUAAUUUAAAUUGUAGAAAAAAAGUGGGAGUACUAGACUGACCUGCCAACAAUCCAGACCUGUCUUCCAUUGCCCUUUUCAUACGUUAAAAAAUGGAAACUAAAGUGCUUCAUUGAGAGAAAAACUAGACUUUACACCGAUUUUUUUGCGGCCUGAUAAUUGGCAUGUUAUGCUGAUUGGUUUUCAUGUCAGAAUUUGCCGAUCCGAUCAAUUAUGUCAUUGAAUGACUCCGCAAAAGACAUUUACUGUACUGUAUGUCGCCAUCGUGCACAAUAUACCUGAAUCCAAA